GCUCCCCAGAGCACGACCCCGAGGGCCGGGUGAUCACGGCCGAGUUCCCCUCCCUGUUCGUGGUCAGCGCCUACGUUCCCAACGCCGGGCGGGGCCUGGUUCGCCUGGAGCCUCGGACGCGCUGGGACUCGGCCUUCCUGAGCUUCCUGCGGGCGCUGGACGCCCGCAAACCCGUCCUGCUCUGCGGGGACCUCAACGUGGCCCACGCCGAGAUCGACCUGUGCCACCCCGGCUCCAACAAGAAGAGCGCCGGGUUCACCCCCCAGGAGCGCGAGGGGUUCACCCGCCUGCUGGGUGCGGGGUUUGUCGACUCAUUCCGGAGGUUGUAUCCCGAGGCCAAAGGGGCCUACACCUUCUGGACAUACCUGGGAGGGGCCCGGGCCCGCAACGUGGGCUGGAGGCUCGACUACUUCGUCAUGUCCAAGAGGCUGGCGGAGGAGGGGCUGUGCGACAGCAAGAUACGGAGCGCGGUGCAGGGCAGCGACCACUGCCCCAUCACUGCUUACCUGGCCAUAUAGGGCCCUAUAGGGGAGUGACCACUGCCCCAUCACUGCUUACCUGGCCAUAUAGGGAGUGACCACUGCCCCAUUACUGCUUACUUGGCCAUAUAGGGCCCUAUAGAGGAGUGAUCACUGCCCCAUUACUGCUUAUUUGGCCAUGUAGGGGAGUGGUCACUGCCCCA